AAUCAGCUUGAGGGCAAAAAAGCAGGGCCGAGCCCCUCAAAUGUGCCUCCGUGAAUUGCGAGGCGAGAACGCGAAUACUCGCUGAUGAAAAAAUAAUGUCCAAUGAAUUGACUAUAGGCCCGUGGAGCUUGGUAGAAAAAAUAGGCUCCGGUGCUUUCGGCGAAAUCUACGAGUGCUGCAAUACAGUCACGGACGAGGUUGCUGCUGUAAAAAUCGAGCGCGCUAGCAAGAAGAGGCACGCACUCAAAAUCGAAGUCAAUGUGCUGAAGGCAUUACAAUUUUCUCCUUAUGUGUGCAGGUACAUCGACUAUGGGUGCUCGGCGAACAUCCACUACCUGGUUAUGGAGAGGAUGGGCGAGAAUUUGAGCGAGCUGUGCAAGAGACAGGCGUUUGGGAAGUUCAGCAUGCAGACCGUCCUCAAGUUGGGAAGCAUCUUUUUGAAGAUCAUAGAACACGUUCACAGAGCGGGAUAUUUGCACCGAGACAUAAAGCCCUCGAAUUUUGUGGUUGGUCCGAAUAGGAGGGCCAACCUGAUCUACAUUAUAGAUUUUGGACUUGCGAGAAGGCAUAUACUGCCGACUGGACAGGUCCGGCCGGAAAAGGAGCGUCCUGGGUUCAGAGGAACUGCUCGUUACGCGUCGAUUAACUCGCAUAUCGCCCGAGAUUUGGGUAGACGAGAUGACCUUUGGAGCAUUUUGUACGUUCUAAUAGAGUUUUCGCGCGGGUUUCUGCCGUGGAGCAACAUUAAGAACCGAGACGAUAUUCGGGAUACGAAGAUCCAGCUGAACACGCCGGAGCUCGUAUCGAAACUUCCGCCGGAAUUUUUGGAAUUCAUGAACCAUUUGCAGACGCUGGAAUUCGCAGACCGGCCGAAUUACGAAUACUUCAUAUGCGCCUUCGAGAGGCGCCUCAAGAGACUAGAGGGCGGGUAUCCCGCGGUCUACGAUUGGAUUAGGGUCGAUAACGGCGUGCCGGACGCGUUUCACAAGGCGUAUUUUCUGGACAAGGAGGGCCUACGCAGGAACGAGGAGAAAAAGGUUUCGAGUCGCGACAAGACGUAUUAUGAGCUGCCUAAUGAGUGCACCUCGACGUCCAUCUAUAAGCUCGUGGCAACAGGUGGGAUUCGCCAGUCGUACCGCGCGCAGUCGUUCGAAGUCGAGGCCGCGCCCUCCAACGACCACGUGAGUCAAUCGAACUCCACCAGGUUGGAGGACGUCUUUGUGCUGAAUUCAGAGUCGGUCAAAGGCUUCGUUCAAGAGAGAGUCAAGAAGGGCGACUACAAGGUGCCGCAGGAGGUGACGUCGAUGACGAACGCCACGCAGUACCACGUGGAGCUGUCGGAGUACGAGAGGAGGAGGUACAGAGAGACGUGCGGAUCGUGUUGGGCGCGCGUUUCGAAAGUGAGGCGGCGGCUUGGCCGGACGGCGAGUCGGGUGUGCAGAUGUUCGAUCCUGUAAACAAACAAACAAAAAAAAAAA